AUGAGCCGCCCAUACCUCAAGCUUCGCCAGGCAGCCCGUAACCGCAUCAGUUGGUCCCGGUCUGCCCAACGACCGCAACUGCCCCGAAUUCCAGAGCUCUUCAAUCCCAAUUUUCUCGACGAACUCCUCCCCCCAACGAAGCCAGCCACUAUCGCGGUCAAUCAUGGGCCUACACCGCAUAAUAAUUCGAUGAUUUCCGCCCUGUCGCUUUCUUCGCAUCGCACUUGGACAGAUAACGGCGCCAUGGCAUACGAUUCAACCCUUUCACCGACUCUGGAUGCAUUCAACAAGCUGACUCGGAACUCCACAGCCCAGGAAAUACGCGAAUUACUGGAUAAUGCAUGGGCUGAAAACCCCGACACAACUCUCAAGGUUAUCUGGAACUUGCGUAGUAUCCACGAAGGUAAAUCGGAGAAGGAAGCGUUCUACAUGGCUUUCGGUUGGCUUUACGACAAGCAUCCUCGGACGGCCAUCGCCAACUUGCACAAUCUCGUUGAUCCAGUGAUUACCAAACCCAAAGCUGAAGACAAAUCUGGUUUAGCCCAUGGUUAUUGGAAGGACCUACUGAACAUCCUUGUCCUCGCAACUGUAGAUGAAUUACGUGAGCUCCCCCAACCGGUGAACUUUCUUCACAAUCGCCGCGCCAGCAAGAAGGCUUCCGGUAAGGCCAUAGCAAAACCAAAGGAGGGCAGUGUUGCAUACGAUACGAAGCCCGUCAUCAAAGCCCGUCGUAUGUCAAUCGGAGUAGCCAACCAGGAACGUGUUGUUCGAAAACUCGAAACGGAUCCAAAGUAUCGCGCUUUAUACGUCGCUGUGGCUCGUCUCUUCACCGAACGUCUAAUCAAGGACUUCAAAGUUCUACUAGAGGCAAACACCGUCGAGCCUGUGGAUGCCCGGGAUGCUCUUUUGCGCAGCAUAUCACUCGCUUCGAAAUGGGCCCCAAGUCUUUUGGGGGCACACGAUCGCAAGACCAACAUAGCCACCGCGGUAGCUCGUCUCUUCUAUCACUAUCGGGGGGAGCUCCCGCAAUAUUCGUUCCCCUCAGCGCUCAAAACCUGUGAAUGCCUCGAAGACAAAGAGCCUACGGAGAUCAUGCGGUCAUUUUAUCGGCGCUGGGUUCUCAGCCCACUCAGAGCAGCGACGAUGGUUACUGAGCGUCUUAUGUCAUCGAACCAAUGGAACAAGAUCGUCUACAGUCGCGUCAGUUCAAUAUGCAUGCGUAAUAAUAAAGACAAAUUCCUUAAACACGAUCUUCUCCGGUUUCACAAGUUUCUGCGCUCUGUCGAGGCUGGAACAAGGUCUAUCAGCGGCGCGACACUCCUUCCUCAUGAAUUGUUGCAGGAAAUACACAGCCUCAGUCUCCACACGUCCCUCGAUGGUACUACAGAAACCGAACUCCGUGUUGCAGAGGCACAGUGGAAGAGUCUCGUCAACAAACUGCGUGAAUCAGGCAGACUCGACAAUUCCAUCGCUGUCUGUGAUGUCUCGGGCUCAAUGGGGCUUUUUGGACAUUCAAUAGGGCUUUUUGGAAGUCAUUCUCCGGAAGUUUGGCCUAUCUAUCCAGCCGUUGCACUUUCCUUGAUCCUAGCCCAACUAGCCAAACCACCCUUUUCCCACGGCUUCAUCACGUUUUCAGCUACUCCCAGGUUCGUUCGGCUCCAGGAAGAUUGGUCCAUAAGCAAAACAAUAGAAACCAUAACACAGGCUGACUGGGGCAUGAAUACCAACCUGGAAGCCGUGUUUCUCAAUCUGAUCCUGCCGCUCGCCAAGCAACACAACAUCCCCAAGGAAGACAUGAUCAAGCGCCUUUUCAUCUUCAGUGACAUGCAGUUCGACGCGGGAGCCAGUUACUAUUGUACCACUCAGCCUGAGUGGGAGACGAAUUACGACCGCAUCGAGCUGGCCUUCCGGAACGCGGGCUACGAUGUCCCCCAGAUCGUGUACUGGAAUCUUGAAAACGGAAUUACGGUCGAAGUCCAGGCAGACCGGAAAGGAGUUGCACUCAUGAGUGGAUUCUCACCGUCGAUGCUCAAAGUGUUUAUGGGCGAGGAAGAAGAGCCAGAGACCAUCGAAGCCGUACCUGUCGACGUCAUCGUCAAGGCAGAGAAGAGUCAGGAGGCAUUUACCCCAUGGGCGAUCAUGACUAAGGCGCUCUCUCGCCCAAGUUUCGAUGGCCUCGUCGUUAUGGACUGA